UUAUAAGCCAUUGGUGGGAAAGCGCGAUUGCUCACCAAGAAUCUGGAGCGUUUUGCACAGAAAGAUGUCCUCCUUGCUCUUGGGUAACUGCGAAGAUGUCACAGUUUCUGAAGCCAAGUUACCAUACAGGCUGUUGUGAUGAUAAAUCUGUCCAUCCUCCCUGAGAAGACGGAUGGAAUUCAAAUAUGACAAAUAAACCACUGGUGUAAUUUCCUUGCAGAGCUAUCAUGGCUUGUGGAUACUGAACUGGAGCAAGGAUUGAUGCUGCUGUUUUGCAGAUGGCAACUGGAUCUUAUGUAGCUUGAGGCUGACCUUUGAUUGAAGGCAAUAAAUGACUGACUAACUGGCUAUGUUUUAACAGAGCGAAGAGAAUAAGUGCUGUUAGAAGCAAAAUAUGGCCAAGGCAAAGAUUGCAGUUGUUGGUGCUGGGCUGAUCGGUCUCUCCACAGCCGUUUGCAUUUCUGAAUCUAUUUCAGGCUGCAGUGUGACUGUAAUUGCUGAUCAAUUUACUCCCAACACGACAAGCGAUGUAGCAGCUGGGGUGCUUAUUCCACAUCUUGACCCAGAUACACCAGUUCAUCAACAGAAGAAGUGGUUUAGAGAAACAUUUGACUACCUCUCAUUAAUCUGUAAUUCCUCGGAAGCUUCAGAGGCAGGGAUUCAUUUGAUAUCUGGGUGGCAGAUCUUUAAAACCAUUCCUGAUGCAAAGACUCCAUUCUGGUCUGAUGUGGUUUUGGGGUUUCGCUCAAUGACUGCAAAGGAAUUGAAGAAAUUUCCACAGCAUCAAUUUGGUCAGGCUUUUACUACUUUGAAAUGUGAUUGCCCACCCUAUCUUCUCUGGUUGGAGAAAAGGCUGAAAGAAAAUGGAGGCCAAGUUCAGGCUAGAAAAAUAGAAGACUUAUGGGAACUGCACAGUGACUAUGACAUCAUAGUGAACUGCUCAGGCAUUGGAUCCAGGAAGUUGGUGGGUGACCUGGAGAUACAUCCCAUCAGAGGUCAAGUUCUCAAAGUUCAUGCCCCAUGGGUCAAACACUUUAUUCGUGAUGGAGAUGGAUUGACAUAUAUCUAUCCAGGGAUACACAUUGUAACAUUAGGUGGUACAAGGCAAAAAGAUGACUGGAAUCUGUCCCCAGAUCCUAGUACCAGCAAAAACAUAUUUGACCGAUGUUGUUCUCUUGAACCCUCACUUCAGAGAGCUCAGGAUAUAAAGGUGAGGGUGGGGCUGCGGCCAUCCAGGUCAGCUGUAAGACUGCAGAAGGAGAUAUUGUUCCGAGGUAAUGAGCAGCUACUGGUGGUCCACAAUUAUGGGCAUAGUGGUGGUGGUUUUUCAACGCACCAGGGUACAGCCAGAGAAGCAACUCAGCUGGUUAAAGAGUACAUUGGAACGUUGGAAAUGUCUAGGUUUAAAGCAAAGCUAUAAACUUUAAGGCAAUCUCGCUUUUUAUUAAUUAGCAGUAUCACUAGAUAGUUUAUUGUAAAAUUAAGUCAGAAAUGGUGCCAUAGGAUUGGUUCAUAUGUUCACAUAUAUAACAUUAAUACUGAACACUUGAUAACUUGCUCUAGAUGCUAGUCAUCAUAUUUUGCAUAAUAUAUCUACUUGCAUACUUUUUCCUGUACAGAUUUCCUAGUUUAUUUUCAAGACCUCUAGGUUUGAAGAAAGGAGGAGGGCAGUUCCCCAUUAUUUGAUUAUGUAGAGUCACCAGUAACCAUGGUUUAGUAGACCUAGGCUCUGAAAGAAGGAAGGAAGGAAAAGAAAGGAAGGAAGGAAGAAGGAAGGAAGGAAGGAUUGCUUCAGAUGCCACUUCAGAGGGGUGGGGGCUGUUCACUUAGUCUCUUUGGCUGCACAUUUCUAUUCACUUCAACCCAAUUCAGAUGGUCACUUCACUUGGGAAUCCAAUCUUUACCCAUAGACAUGGUAAAGGAGACAUUUCUUGGCAGAAUGUAAUGAAAACUGCAGGGAUGGUAGCCCUUUCUGAGAACAUGAAGCCUCCCAAAGUGCAAAUAGGGUCAUGGAUUUCUGUGAAGAUACAGUAUACUUUAAAGAUUUCCCCCUGCUACUAUAUCUCUCUUGUUUUAAGGCAAAAUUGGAUUAAAAUUGCAAUUUACAGGAAUAACUGAGCCUUCUGAGGAUAUGAAGUCUGCCCAGUUUUAGACAAAUAGGUGCAGGCGUUUCUGUAAAUGCAUAUAUUAAAGUUUCACACACACACACACACACACACACACCACUUUUGUCACAAAAUGCUUGUAACUUCUCCACUUCUGACGGCAUGGUCUGCCAUACUGCAGACAAAUAGAUCCAGGGAGUUCAGUGCUGCAAUAUUUUAAAGUUGUGGUUUUCCAUUACAUUUUUAAAAAUCUCCAAAGUGCCGAAUCACAUCCAAUUUGAAAUGGGGUGAUGCAGGUUGUUUUGCUUUGAUUCAGCCUGAUUCAGAUGGCUGUCGAUUUGGGUGUGUACUGUGAAAGCAAAUUGGCCUGUAGGCACCCAGUUUGAUUCAGAUCCAGAUACUAAUCUCAAGCGUCACACCACCGUAUUUUUUAAAGAUACCUCCCACCCCACCCUCCAAACAGUGCAGCUGGCUGAGAAUAGGCUGCAAGGCUUAUGUGGGAAUUAGGAAGAUGGAGGGCUACCUUUUGAUUAAGAGGUCACUGCAUGAAGCAGCAAGAAAAGAGGCCCCUGAGCAAUGUAGGCCUGCUGAGAAUGAUCCUGUAGUCAUCCCAUCACUGAUGGCUUGCCCAUUUCCUUUGGUCUAUGCCUGUUUCUGAAAAAAAUUCGUGUGUGUGUGUGUGUGUGUGUGUGUGUGUGUGUGUAUUUCAAUGUAUUUACAUAAGCCAUAUGUCAACUCCUCCAGACUUGACUACUGCAAUGUGCUCUUUGUGGGGCUGCCUUUGUAUGUAGUCCAGAAACUGCAGUUAGUCCUGAAUGCGGCAGCCCAGUUAGGCUCUGGGUCAUCUCGGAGAUACCAUAUUACUCCUAUCUUAAAAGAUCUACACUGGCUGCUGCUUAAGUUUCUGGGCAAAAUGCAAGGUCUUGGUUAUAACCUAUAAAGUCCUCAACAGCUUGGGCCCUGGGUAUCUCAGAGAAUGUGGCUAUGAGCCACACCACUCAUUGAGAUAAUCUGGAGAGGGUCGUCUGCAGUUGCCACCAGCUCGUCUGGUGGCUACUCAGAGAAAGGCCUUCUCCGUUGCUGCCCCAAGGCUUUGGAAUGCACUCCCUGCUGAACUAAGAGCUUCCCCAUCUCUUACAACUUUUAAGAAGGCAGUCAAGACACAUUUGUUCACCCAGGCUUUUAAUUAGAUAGUUGUAAUAGUUUGAUGGUUUUUUAAAAAUAGUUUCAAUAUUUUAAAUUUUAGAUUGUUGUAAUGUUUUAACUUUUUUUCUUGUUUUGUUGUAAACCACCCAGAGACUUGUAUUUUGGGCAGUAUACAAAUAUGUUAAAUAAAUAAAUAGAUAAAUGAAUGAAUGAAUGAAUGAAUAAUAAUAAAAAAUGUCUCUCUGGA